AUGGCCCAUAGUAACCCGGAGGACGACCGAGCCGGUAUAAUUUUCAAUGAUGCCAAUACCACGAAGGGUAGGGCCACUAUCUCCCACAAACUAUUCACUGCCUGUUCGGAAAUGGUGUUCCGGGCGAUGAACUGGAAGGGUGGAAUUAACAUCAAUGGUGAACAGCUCAAACCACUAAAGUUCGCUGAUGACAUGUUGCUGCUUGCGCUAAACGCCAACCAGCCACAAGACAAGCUGGGCGAGCUCGACAGAAAAGUGCAGAAGUCGGACGAAGAACCGGCCAGUUAA